CUCAAGUGUGUCGUAUUACUCCCGCUUCAUAUCUGGAUUCGUCGAACUCCGCAUCCUUUCAAAGUUUUCACUAAUUCAAGAACUAUAUCAUACAAAAAGGCUUAAGGAAUUGUGGCACAUCUGCUAGUAGCAUCCCGCACCCUUUCAAUUGCUUGAAAGAAGCGAAUCGAGAACCAUGUCUACAACCAAUGAAUAUGCGCCGUUUAACCUCACGAAGUCGAUCAGGCAGUCACCCCCACUCGACUUUUCCAUCCCGUACUCCGAAUCAUGGCUUUCGGGAAAACAUAUCCUAAUUACCGGAGGAGCAUCCGGGUUCGGCGAAGGGUUCGCACGCCGAUGGGCUGCAGCCGGCGCGAGUAUUGUUGUGGGAGAUAUCAAUGAAAAGCUUGGAACGUCUACUGUUGCUUCGAUCCGGUUAGAAACUAAGAACGAGAAUGUGUGGUUCGUCAAGUGCGAUGUCUGUGACUGGGAUGCUCAAGUUCAGAUGUUCAAGGAAGCCGUUCGCUUGAGCCCUCACAAAGGGAUAGAUGUGGUGGUCGCGAAUGCUGGAAUUGCAGGAACCGAUCCAAUGCAAAUGCCAGUUGUGCGCAAUGGCGAAGUUCAAAAACCGAACUUAAAGAUCCUGGAGGUCGACCUCAUUGGCGUCAUGUACACCUCGCACCUUGCUUUUCACUACCUCCCAAACAACCCUGGCAGCCUCGAUUGCAGUGUGAAUGCCAAUCCCGAGAAUGCAAGCUUCAAACGAGAUCGAUUACUUCUCCUGACUGGAAGCGUGGCAUCCCUAGGGCCUAUCGCCAAUCAGCCUCAGUACGGGACGGCAAAACAUGGAGUGCUUGGACUCUUCAGGUGCCUACGAGGCAGCUCUUUCGUACAAGGCGUGAGAGUAAACCUACUUUGCCCUUACUUCAUUGAAACUCCCAUCGUUCCAGCGGAAGCCCGUCUACUCAUGGCUGGUGCAGCAUAUGGAAAGGUGGAAGACGUUGUCGAAGCGGCCACGAGACUGACUGCGGACUCGAGAAUCCUUGGUCGCUCUGUGGUGAUCGGCCCGAAGGUCCGGGUCAAGCAAGAAGAUUCUGGGGAUUGGAAAUUUGUCGGUUUCGGGCCUGGAGAAGGCGGUGAAGAGAAGGCAAUCUGGGAGGCAUACGCUGAGGACUGGGAAGACUCCGAGGUAUUCACGAGACGCAUGGUAGUCCUACUCAACAUAGUUCAAAAGGCUAGGGGAUGGCUUGGCGCGUUGUCUGAUAUUGUCAAGGUCUUUGCUGGCAGGUAGGACAAUCAGCUAUCGCCACUGGCAGCAUUUCCUAGCCAUUUGAAUUUCUCCCGUCGAAUCAACGAAGGCUUGAUUCCCGUGUCCAAGAACGGUUUAUCCUGUUGAAGGUGCUUGGCUGCCAUUGUUCAGAGUUCAGGGUGCGCGAAGCGGUUCUGCAGCCAA